GCUUCGCCAUGCUUCGCCUAUGCAUGGCUCCAAAGACUGAGCUGUGAGCGGAGAGCUUUCGGCGGUUCGAGUGAUGGGAACGUGUCUUGCACGCAGUGUGGAUUGGCGUGAGGGCUGCAGCUGUUUCAAGGGGCCGCUGCGCUUGUAUGUGGAUUCGCAAGAUAGUCCUUGGCACUUCUUCUCGACUCCAGAUCUCAAUUCCCCAGGUGGGACGAACUCGCCAAUGAAACGGGCGAGAACCUGGAGCUCGAGUCAACAGAAAGAGCGCUAUAGAAAAUUUCAACACCUCCUGAGCUCUCCAAAGCGGCUCAAAGCGGAUGAGUUGGACUUUGGUGAGUUGAACUUGCACGAGCGCGCCAACAGCAUCAUGCAUCACUGGAAAUUCCGCGGUGCUUACCGCCCGAUCACUGCAUUUUAUGAGUUCGAACGCAAGUUGGGGGAGGGUGCUUUUGGUUCUGUCUCUAAGUGGCGCCUGCAUGCAUCUACUCAAGCGGUUGCAGUAAAGCAGAUCAAGUGGCGGAAGAUUUGGCAUGGUUUCUUCCGAAACCGUGCGGCUGAACAGGCCAUUCGGAAAGAGCUAAAGUUGCUCUUGGUUCUUGACAACCCAUUUAUUAUCAAGUUUCGAGAAUGGUUUGAGGAUCUUUGUAAAGGCAUUUUCUUCGUCAUGGAGCUAUGCUCUGGGCCUUCUCUACAAUCCAUCUUGGAGGAUGUAUGCAAGCAAUCAGACGAGCUUCGGCGAGAGAAGCUACCCAAGUUUCGCCGGCACUUCAGAGAGAUUUCAUAUGCCAUCAGCUACCUGCAUGGCAUGGAGCCUCCGGUUGUACACCGUGAUUUGAAGCCAGAGAACAUCCUCCUGGCCGAUUGCACGGAGCACGGCACUGUCAGGCUGAUUGACUUCGGCUUGGCUUCCUUGAAGACUGACGAAGACGCUCCUUUGGCUGUGGGCACCAUGGUCUUUAUGGCUCCGGAGACCUUCACGAACGUGAAUGUGGAGUUGGAUCAGCAGACAGAUGUGUGGGCACUGGGCGUGAUUUUGAUGUGGAUGAUGACAGCUCUGCAGUCGGGCUCUCUGCAGCAUCCUUGCUUGGAUCAAGAUGAAGGUCGGGAAUUUGACGUCAAGUGGAUCGCGCUGUAUAAUGCCUUCAGAGACCAGGUGCCGUGGAAUCGAUCCCUCAUUCCUGACUAUUUGGCAGUAGCCCCGAUUCUGGACAAGGUUCUGGUGUACCAGCCUGAAGAGCGUUGUCAUGCCUGCAGCAUCCUAGAGGACCCCUGGCUGUGCGUCUCAGAUCCUGCCAUCUCAGCCUCGGCCGAGCUCUUGGAGCGCGGUUCGCUGCUGUACAACCUCCGCACCUUUGGAGACCUGACAGAUCUGGAGAAGAAGAUUGUAUCGCUGGUUGCGGAUCACGCUCCAGAUUCCAAGCUAGCCCUGCUCCGGAGGACAUUCCGUGCCUUCGACACUUCGCGGCAAGGGGUGUUGAACGUGUCAGAACUGAUCGAAGGUUUCAGGAGGCAUGAUGUUCAAAUCUCAGAAGAAUUGAUCCGAGAUUUAUUUAAUGCUGUCGACAUUGACCACAACAAAGUCAUCAGCUACCAGGAAUGGCUUGCGGCCACCAUCGGCCCUGGUAUUCUUGAUUCAGAAGCUGCGCUCGAAGCUUGCUUUCGCCGGCUGGAUCCAGAAGCCAACGGCUGCAUCACCAGAGAAGACCUCAUAAGGGCAGUUGGCGAGGAGGGUGCUGAUGAGGUCUUUGCGUAUCUGGUUGGAUUGAUGAAGAUUCGUUUUUUGCGAUAGAUGAGAUCACGUUCGAAGAGUUCAAGGACAUGGCGCGGAAGAUUGGUGAAAAACGUGCUGGGACAUCGCAAUCUUCCAGAAGAGCCAUCUCUGUGAUUGGUACAGCUGAAAGCAUUGCGGCCAGCGUUCGGCCCAAGCGGAACACGGUGACCCUGACAACCACUGGAGCUGUCGCGUGAAAAGCUGCACAAAGGCCACAAUGUCCGGAGCAUCUGAAAGGUAGUCGCGGAGUUUAGGAGGAACCACUUGC